AUCGACUGGAAUCAAGAUGGCGGCCACUGCCGGAAUGAAUGCACGCGGCUGGCCAAGAAAUCGGGCUCCAAGUAACGCUGGAAAGUACAUGACAGGACAGCAAGGAACACAGAUUGAUCGCACUGUGCGACUGUAAGUUUUCAUGCCAGGAAAUACUCUUUUUGUUUAAUCUUACAUCGCUUUUAUGCGUUUGGUUUCGGUUUGCUUAUGUGACUGUUAUAUCUGCAUACUCAAGCUAUUGUAGUUUGUCCCGGAAAGUUUGGUUUAGGUUUAGCAAGUGAGUUCCAAUCGUUGAACGUGUGACGUUGUAAUAUAGAGAAUUAAAAUUAGCUGAAUUUUGAGUACCACAUUCCCAAUGUACUUUUGUGUUGAGAAUAAAAAUUUAAGUCAUUGGUUCAUUAAUUUUGUGACCCUGUCACUGUAAUCUUAUCCCACUGUUUCCUUUCUCUGUAGAUAUCCUUUGACAAAUUAUACAUUUGGAACCAAAGAAGCAUUAUAUGAAAAAGAUAGGUGAGUUAUAUACUAAACAGACUGAUCAUUUUGUGAAACGAGCAGACAAUGUGAAUUUAAAAUAUUAAUCAUGCGUCAAGGAACAAUUCGUUUAGAUUUGUGAAUCAGGCGUGCCAAAUUGCCCUUCAUGCAUUAGAUCGCACCUGCACGUGUGAGACUCAUGCAUAAUGCGGGAGAGUUAGCAGGUGAUAAUGCAUCAGUCAAUUUGAGGUGCACCCAUCCCCCCAAAUCCCCCUGGGGCUACUGUGGGGCAUUUACCCCCUUGUCAGUCUGGCAUGUGGGUCAUAAGCAAAUUUUGCAUGGCCUGGGGGUCAGGCAUUUGCCAACCUUCUUCAGAACAGAUAGCUUUACAGCGGCACUGUUAAUAAUUAAUAUGGAGUUUAAGCAAAUCGCUACGGCGACCUCUACUAUGGCGGUCGUGGAUGCGGUGUCCUGGGGAGAGUACGUCUCGUAGCUCGCCAAAUUUCAAGCUAGGUUCUUGCUCACUUGCUUUCGCUAUAAUUUUUCAACAACAGAAUUCAAUGGUGGUCAAGUAAGAAAAUGGCCAAUUUAAAAAUUUUGUUUGCCAAGAAGAAUAUUGAUAGUGAAUAUCAUCAGAGGGCGAUUCGUGCACGAAACAGAAAACUGCAGAUGAAGAUGGCAGUAAGCUGCUGGUGAUGUUUCUUCUUGUGUACCGCAUUUAACACUGAACAAAUCAACAAAUUCAGCGUUUUAGAUAUUCUAUUCUUGUUUAAACAACCUUCAGUGACAUUUAGCUUUAUUGCUAACAGUUGUGCGUACGGUUUUUGUCUAGCCUUUGUUUGUACUGACGGAUUUUCUGCGGCCAUGGCGCUGCGGAGCUCAUGGUACACUCGCUUUAGGAUCGAAAUCUCAAACUGAGAAAACACAAGGAAAAUGUAUUCACUGGAAAACCAGAAGCCUCGAGUGCUUUCUUGAUAAAGUGAAAAACAAUCUAUGAUAGCUCUUAAAACCAGUGAUCCUAAAAAAUAGGAGAAGAGUCGACUUUUAUACUCGCGUAGUAGCGACUACGCCAGAAGACAGCUCUUCACGUCAUAGGAUUUGGUGCUACGGCAAAAGGUCAUUUCCAAGCAUGUGUACUGCGUCAUUUCGGGGCUUUUUUACUUCCGGCUGCCAUAGUAGAGGUCGCCGUAGCGAUUUGCUUAAACUCCCUAAAAAAAAUUUUUUUCAUUUCACUUUUUUAACCUACAAACAAAUUAAAACAAAAUAAAUAACAAUAAGAAGAUUAGAAUCAUGAAUGGUGUUGUCGCAGCUUAAUAAUAAUAUACCCCCCUGCCCCCUGCCCAGGUAUACUGCAGGGCAUUUCCCUGCCAUGUAAUUUGAAAUUUAAUAUCUUUGUCUGGCUUUUUUUGUUACUUUCCAGUUCAGUUCAGGCAAGAUUUACCAGAAUGAGGUAUGAAAACGUCAAACAAUAGAUCACCCUUCAAUGAGUGUAAAUGAUUUCUGGGCAAACAAAUCACAGUUUUUCACCUUAUUUUGCAUUCUUUUUAGAGAGGAAUAUGAUAAGUUUGGAAUGAGAAAGACUGUUGAAGGAGUACUGAUUGUUCAUGAACAUGGAUUGCCACAUGUGCUACUUCUGCAACUCGGGACAACAUUUUUUAAGUUGUGAGUCUACUUAAUUUGUCAGUUUACAUGCACUUUAAGUAAUGAUCCAGGCAAGAAGGAAGCAAUUUCUUCUGUUGUGGCGCAAUACGCUUUCCUCACUUAGAAAUGUUUUCAUUUUUAUUUAGAGAAUGCUUAAACCUACAAAAAGGCAGUUUACGAAAGAAAAUGUAUUUAAACUCCACUUUUAAGGUGGCUCGACUGGAUUUUUUGGGGUUGAUACCUCCCAACUUUGAGCAUUAACUACGUCGGCAUGAGUAAAGAUAUGGAAAAAAUGUUACCAUUACUGUAUUAUAUAAAGAUGAAAAUUUCUUAUGAUCUGGGUUUUAUUGCAAUCGGAGUCGCCAUGGCAACGUAAUGACGCCAUUACGUUUUUCAUUUAUCUUUGUGUUUCUCUGUUCCAGGAGUUUUUUGAAGAAAUCGCUUUAGGGAGUAUGUACCUGCUAUAAUUGCCCCUAUUAUGGCAUAGUUUGAACAAAUUCUAUGAGAGCGUUUUCGAAAUAUUUUGAAAUGUAGUUUUAAGAAUAAUAAAAACAGUGAAAUAGCAUGCUACCUACACAAUUCGCUAAUAUUUUAAGAAAAUGAUAAGCUUUGGGAACGAGGCUUCAUCUCAUAGCGGUUUGAUUCCAUUGAAAACUGCAUACAAAAAAAGAGGGGAAUUGCUCUGGGCGAUCGCGAGUAAGAAGAAUUUUAUUAACUUGCAUUUAGCCGCUUUUGAUACAGUUUUUGGACGUAAUUUGGUCCAUGCCUAAUCAUUUCGCAUUUUUCCAAAAACCGCUCGAUAAAUUUUUUUAUAAAUUCGACAAUCCCGAGAUCAAUUGUCAAGGAAUAUUCCCUGCAAGUUUUAAGAACAUUGAAAACAGGGAAGGCUUUUAAAUAGGGCCUCAAAUAUAGCCAAUUUUCCCCCCAGAUUUUGUGUUUACAAGUGAGCGUCCUCAUUAUUCACUGGCAUUGUUUUCAAGUUUCAUAUACACGUGCACAUUUAGCAAAAAGAUAGAAUUUGCAUCAAAAAGGACCCUCGGUUAAAUCUCCGGGAUAUGCUAAUUACCGGGUAAAGAGAUUAAUGAUAUAUUAUAACAUCAGAGCAACUCUUUGUGAGAGUUUCUGUGAUGUUAUAACCCGAGUAAGAUAAUUAAGUAUUCCAUCCUACACGAUGAGCCGUGACGUUCACCGUUUCGGCUCUCACUGCUGUCUGUGACGACAAGCCAAUUAUUAGCAUACUCCAGAUAUUUCUUCGGAAAGUAAUCGAGAGUUCUUUUUGAUGCAAAUUUAUAACUUUUGCUAGUUGUGCACGUGCAUAUGAAACUUGAAAACAAUGCCAGUGAAUAAUGAGGGCGCUCACUUGUAAACACAAGAUCUGGGGGGAAUAUUGGUUAUAUUUGAGGCCCUAUUUAAAAGCCUUCCCUAUUUUCAAUGUUCUUGAAACUUGCAGGGAAUAUUUCUUGACAAUUGAUCUCGGGAUUGUCGAAUUUAUAAAAAAAUUUAUCGAGCGGUUUUUGGAAAAAUGCGAAAUUUUUAGGCAUGGACCAAAUUACGUCCAAAAACUGUAUCAAAAGCAGCUGAAUGCAAGUUAAUAAAAUUCUUCUUACUCGCGAUCGCCCAGAGCAAUUCCCCUCUUUUUUCGUAUGCAGUUUUCAAUGGAAUCAAACCACUACGAGAUGAAGCCUCGUUUCCAAAGCUUAUCAUUUUCUUAAAAUAUUAGCGAAUUGUGUAGGUAGCAUGCUAUUUCACUGUUUUUAUUAUUCUUAAAACUACAUUUCAAAAUAUUUCGAAAACGCUCUCAUAGAAUUUGUUCAAACUACGCCAUAAUGGAGGCAAUUAUAGCAGGUACAUACUCCCUAAAGCGAUUUCUUCAAAAAACUCCUGGAACAGAGAAACACAAAGAUAAAUGAAAAACGUAAUGGCGUCAUUACGUUGCCAUGGCGACUCCGAUUGCAAUAAAACCCAGAUCAUAAGAAAUUUUCAUCUUUAUAUAAUACAGUUGUGGUAACAUUUUUUCCAUAUCUUUACUCAUGCCGAUGUAGUUAAUGCUCAAAGUUGGGAGGUGUCAACCCCAAAAAAUCCAGUCAAGCCACCUUAAAGGGUGUAUUUUUGUGUUAAAAUAUUUCAAAUAAUCACAAGAGUUGCAAACAAUAGCCAGGAAAUGUUUGCAAUUUUACAUGAUCCGCACAUACGAUUUCUGUGUUACUUAGACUCAGACAAGAUUUUGUUAUAAGGAAGUUGGAUAGAAAAAAGGGAUUAAUAUACAUGCUGCUUUCCAAAGAUUUCAUAAAAUUUGAUGUUUAAACCAAUUAGAACCAUAGUAGAGACAAUAGUAAAGUUACAUGUAGCACCUUUUUGCAUUCUGAUGUGUUCACUGAGUUUUGGUGCUUUCCUUCUUAUCUGGACCAUUACUUAAGAUGUAUUUAUUGGGCUGCCUAUGGCAAAGCCCAGUCUACAUGUAGUUUUUUAUGAUUUAAAUAAUCUGAUAACCUGCUUUAUUAACUUAAUGUAAAUGCAACAAGCUAACGUCUAGAGCAGUGUGGAGAUCUUUGUUCUGGGUCCACAGUGGACUCAAAUCUCCCUUCAACCUGAAUGGCUAAUCAAUGAUGGCUUUUUUGACAGGCCAACCAUGGCUUGUACUCAAAUCCCUGUACACAGCUGAGGGUCCACAACAAGGAGUUUGGCGCUGGCUUGAAGGCAGACUUAACCAAAGGUUUACACUGUAGUUUUGUCUGAUGCAGGCUAAUAAUAAGGAAGGCCUGAAGGCAUAACUAUCUUACCCCAAGUCCUAUGUUUAUUUUCUUUUCUGGCCAGAAUUGCUUAAAUAUUUGCAUGCAACCUUUGAUUCAAAAGAAAAACAAAAUAAUUGGACAGAAUUUGUUAAAAAAUAUUAUUUCUAUUAUGACCCUAGGCCCGGUGGUGAGCUAGUGGCUGGGGAAGAUGAGAUUGAUGGACUGAAGAGAUCUAUGACUGAGGUAAGUUACUUGCCAUUAGUAAUGUCAUUGCAGCAUUGUUUUGUUUUUCUGUUUUGUUUUAAUUUGCCAUUAGCACAUCUCCCAUAACACAUCUUGUUUACCUCCCAAAUUUUUGCAGAAGCAUUGUCUUCACUUUCUCUUGGGACAACUGUAAUAUCAAAUUGAGUAAUUAAAAACAAAGGUUGUUCAAAAUUGUGGGGAGGCAAACAAGGCAUGAUAUGAGAUGAGCAAAUGGCAAAUUACAAUAAUUAUUUUAUUGCAAAAGCUUAAGAGGAACACACUGAACAGCUAAAAAAUUAUUUUUUGAACUGGCUUGUUUAAGUUAGUUGAUAUCCCUCUAUAACAAACAGCUACUGAUUAAAGGCUUUUGCACGCUUCGUAGAGUUCAAGUCCAGAUAAGGCUUGAUUACUGGCUGCUGUUUGGGACACUCAUCCCCCUAAAAGAGCUUGAGAAGAAACAAAGACCAGACCCCAGUGAGGGUUCUAUAUGAAAUAAGAUCUUUUGGGCUGUCAGAUUUUGCCAACAGUUCUACACCUUAAUGUUCUACAGUUGAACCUCCAUAUGUGACCACCUCUCAUAAGCGACCACCUAUCUAAAACACCAAUCUUUUGCGAUUCAAAGCCUUACAGUUAGAACCUCUUGUAAACGACCAACUCCUGUUUGCAACCAUGGCCAUGUUUUGGGGCUGAUGAUUUUAUAAUCAAAUUUCCAAUGUUUGCAACCUCUUGUAAGCAACCACUUGACGCGUGGUCUGAUCUCUAUGUUGGCUGUAUGUACUAGUAUGCUACUUAGAGAAUAAGAAGAGCUUUUACCUGUAGUAGCAACAUGGAACUACACAUAUUGCAACUUGAAAAUCACAUGCAGUGAAUUAUCUCCCAUAAAGUAGAUGUGUCUAGAACUCUUCUCAGAAGAGACACCUUGUGGCCUGAGUCUUGUAAAUGACCACCUCCCUUAACCCUUUAGGUCCCAAGGGUGACCAACAUCAAUUUUCUCCUAACAACAUCAGCAGAUCAUCAAGAGUAAAGGUUAUGAGAAUUACUAAAUUGAUGACCAAAGGGAGAAUGCUUUGAUCUGAAACCAAAUUCUCUCAACUUUUCUUAAAAGAAAUGUAUGGAGAUCAGUCUGGAGAAUCUGUAUGUGGAUCUUGGGGCUUAAAGAGUGAAGUGACCUCUAAGCAUUUGGGGUGGCCACUUACGGGAGGUUCAACUGUACUUAUUUCAUGAUCUGGAAUUUUAAAAUAAUUAUUGGCAGUCCAUGAGAGAAAAGUAACAUUUGUCCAUUUGGUUUUGUUCAGAUCUUAGGUCGUCCUGAGCAGGGGGUGGAAGUUGACUGGAUCAUAGAGGACUGUUUAGGGAGCUGGUGGAGACCAAACUUUGAAGCCCCUCAGGUAACAUGUGUAAACUUAGCCCUUUCACUCCUGUUGAGGCUAAUCCUCAACAAGAGAAUAGUCUGUUCCAAUCCUUUUGUAAUUUAUAAAACUACCAGCAUGCUGUGCGCAUGCCUCGGUGUUCAUUGAGACCAAACCAUGUGUUUAAUUACCUGUAACGCUUUGGUGUGAGUUUCUCAUCGUAUGGUAAGUUUUUCAAAGCUUGUGCAUUUCAAUUUCCACUCCGACAGUGAUUUAGUUUUUCUUUUGCAUAACUUUUUACUGACAAGGUGAAGUUUUAGUAAGCCAUGAUGAGAUUGUGACUUGUGUUGAUCAAAAAUGUGCUGACAUGUGCAAGUCUUAGUCUUCAUUAAAGUUGUCUUUUCAACAACCUUCGUUUGUGUGUGAAGCGCAUUUGUCCCCUGGACAACUCCUAUUGAUGGCCAAAUGUACAAAUUCACUAAAACAAAUACAAAUUUCUGUUUGCAAGGUCUUAAGAUUACAGUUGAACCUCAAUUACUUGUAAGCAGCCUAUCUCUAUUAAGUGACCAGUAAUCAAAGUCCUCAAAUAAUAUUGUAAAUAAACAUUAUUUGUAAAGUAAGCCUCUAUGACUAUUAAGUGGCCAGCUCUAUCUAGUAGCCAUGGCCACUUUUUAGCCAUCCCAACAAGAGUUCUCUUAUUGUUGUCUCCUUUGUCAAGGGGCCGUCAAGUGUUUGACACACUUAGUGUGUUGCUUAACAGGAUUUAGUUCACAGAUUUAAAAGUUAGUUAGAAUUACGUACUAAAUAGAAAUUAAUAGUACCAAAUUAAAGUAUUUUCUGAAGGGAAUUUUUUUUAUUUGAUUUUCUUUGAUUGGUAACACCAUAGGAUUUCAUCCACGGACUCAAGAGUUAGAACUACAAACUAAAUAACUAUGAAUGGUAAAUAUGAAAAAUAAAUAUGAAUAGGAAAAAUAAAUAUGAAUGGUAACACCAUAGGAUUUCAUUCACAGACUCAAAAGUUAGAACUACAUACUAAAUAAAUAGUACCAUGUGAAAGUACUGCUGAAGAGGUUUCAUUUGAGUGGUAACACCAUAGCAUUUCUUCCACAGAUUCAAAAGUUAGAACUACAAUCAUACUAAAUAAAUAGCACCAUGUGAAAGUACUGCUGACGAGGUUUCAUUUGAAUGGUAACACCAUACGAUUUCAUCCACAGACUCAAAAGUUAGAACUACAUACUAAAUAAAUAGUACCAUGUGAAAGUACUGCUGAAGAGGUUUCAUUUGAAUGGUAACACCAUAGGAUUUCAUCCGCAGACUCAAAAGUUAGAACUACAUACUAAAUAAAUAGUACCAUGUGAGAGUACUGCUAAGGAGGUUUCAUUUGAAUGGUAACACCAUAGGAUUUUGUCAAAACAUUUAAAAGUUAGACUGACAAAUUAUCUCACCAAGGACAUGAAAUUGAACUUUACUACAUUUAAUUUUACUCAUUCAAUGUUUGUGUUUGUCUUUCUUCUGCUUUUCCCCAGUAUCCUUACAUUCCUGCUCAUAUUACAAAGCCCAAGGAACAGAGAAAACUUUUCUUAGUUCAGUUAGGAGAAAAAGGUAUACAUUUGAACAUGUUUUGUCAAUGUUUAUACUUCUCAAAUGAUAUUUUGACAAUUCAUUUUUUCUAGCUUCAGAUUGUGAGAGUUGUGGUUUGAUACCAUUCUAUGACAUUUUCUUUCAGCAAAUUUUGCUGUCCCACGUAACUACAAGCUCGUUGCAGCCCCUUUAUUUGAAUUGUAUGAUAAUUCACCCGGUUAUGGACCAAUCAUAGCCAGUCUGCCUCAGUUACUCAGUAGGUAAGUGUAUUAAAUCUGUGUUUUCACUGGGCUUUCGAGAUUGCAACAGAAUGCCCACAAUAAUCCUUGUUUAACUCUCAUAAUUUUGCAUAACCAUUGUUUCCAAUUUCUCCAGGGUAGUAGCAGCUGUCUCCAGAGAAAUUGAAGCCGAUGCUAAUGCAUUUUUUUUUUUUUUGGGGGGGGGGGGGUGGAUUAAAGUUUAGGUUGUGCGUAUUAGGAAAAUGUGGGGUUGAUGCUUUUGCCUUUGCGGAUAACCUUUUAUGUGUGGUGUUGUCUUAUCGUAUAAUGUUUGAGAUAGGUUGGUGUGUUAGUUUGUUUUUUUUUUUAUUUUUUUUUGUUAUUAGUAUUUCAUAGUUUUUUUCCUCUAUGUUUGUGUGUGUAAUUGUCUUUUACUUCGUUUUUUUCCUGUGUUUUUGCGUUUGACAAGAAUUUCACAAAUUUUUUUUUUUUUUCCUUCAUUAUUUUUACAUCCCCUUUUUUUCCAUUUUUCCCGGUUUUUGUAUGUUUUUUCCAAAAAAAUUUAACGCGGUUUUUUUGGUUUUUUUUUUUUUUUUGGGGGGGGGGGGGGAGUCAAUAAGGUGUAUUAUGCGCAAUGUGGAAAUGGUGAAUUGCCCUGUUUACUGUUGACUUAAAGCUCAAAUGUGUCGGUUCAAAUUCAUCCAACAUUGCUGGAUGCAACGUGUUAUUGGUGUUGGUUGUUGUUUGAUGAUGUUGGUUCAAUUGAGUUUAAACGUUUGGGUCCAUUUAAAUGGAUCAAACAUCAUCCAACAUUGUUAGACCAUCUUAUUGAAUGCAUUCAAAUGGGUCCUGCCAUUCUCCCCCCCCCCCCCCAAAAAAAAGAUAAUCAUCAUCAUCAUCAUCAUCAUCUAGUAUCAUUGCUGUCCACUUGUUGGAAAAGUAUGUAAUGAAGCAAGUUUAUAUAUGCGUUUCCUUUCUUUUCUAGGUUUAGCUUUAUAUAUUUUUGAAAGAAUUGUGCUAACAUCAAAGGAUAUGACCUGAAGAAGAUGGAUAAGGGAUAAACUCCCUGUCAUUAGUUUCGAUCUUUUUUUAUGAUUCUUUUAUUGUAUCAUUCAGACUAUAUUUAUUGAUUGUACAUGUAAUUUGUUCUAGUAAGUGUGUUUUAGAAAUAAAGUCUUGAAAAACUAAAAAGACUAAAACAGUUUGUCAUAAAGGGAUUCUUUUUAGCCCUAAGGGUCAAAAUUUUGUCCGCGUUAAUGUGAUAAUUCUGUCACUGCAUUUAUUUGAAGAGGACUGUUUUGUCAAAUAUCCGUUCAGGAUAGUCUUACUUUUAGUCCAAUUUCGCGGACAUCAGAUCGAUGUAGAUUUAAUAAAUAAAUGUUUUCUUGUCACAGUAACAGAAAAAAAAUAUCUUGGUAGGAUUGACGAGAAAUAAUUGGGGCAAUGAUCAAGGCACAAGGUGAACAUUUCUCUGCCCAUUUUGUGCAAAUAUAUGAUAACUAUUUCUAGAUAUUUUUUGUCUCAUUUUUCCCUUUCUUUUCCUUUUCUUUUCAUUCCUAUUUAUUUCUCCAAGUUACGAAACGCCUGUUGCGCGCUAUCAGUCCACAUUUCGUCAAGAUGCGCGACUACUGUUCUCAGUGAGUCUGGAAUUCAACCUCGUCCCCAGGGGUUUUCCCUAAAAAAAUGGGAGGCCUGGUAUGGAAUCUGGAUCUUAAGGGUACAUGAGUGGCUACUCUCCAACCGCAACCAAUUACCUCGGAAGCGAAGUAAAGUAUCUCGGCCCUGCUGUCCCCGUUUAUGGUCUUAAUUUCACGAAGGUGUUCCUGCCAGGACACUCCCCUAGACCCGGUGCUGUCACCGGGAUCCUCCCUUAGAUCCGACGCUUCCACCCGGGAUCCUCCUCUACACCUGGUGCUCUCACUGGGAUCCUCCCCUGGACUCAACGUUCCAACCAGGAUCCUUUCCUAACGCUCCCACCGGGAUCCUCCCCUAGUUCUAAUGCCACUGGGGUCCUCCCCUAGACCCGACUCUUCACACCAAGAUCCUCUCUCUUUACAAGGAACGCACACGAUUUCCUACCCUGCCAGCAGAGAUUUCUUUCCGACAUGGUUUUUAGCAUUUGCACAGUCAUUCGAUUCGCUGACAUUCGCGUGGCAACUACGCGGGGUAAAGAUUUCCUUGAACCUUGAUGGCGUUAAUUCCUUCGCUUAAUCACAACUUAAGCUCUGUGAAUGACAACGACGAUGUAGGUUCCACUAGUCGCUUGUUUGGUUGUUUGUUUGUUUGUUUGUUUUUUUUAUCUUGAAAGCCUUUUCCAAAUGGACAAACUUAAAUUCAGACCACGAGAAGAGAUUAUUAAAAAAAAAAAAGGCAAGCUACCUGAACCUAGAACUGACUUUUCGUAAGGUUGUUUAAUUCUAGUGAUCUGGUUCUCGUGGCUUCAGCCUUCGGCCAACUCCGCCGCGCGCGAGGGAACUCGAAAUACCUGGUACAUAUUAAUCCCUGCGUAAGUAGUCAACAACCUGUAAUAAAACAAUUGUGUAAAGAAUUCAGUACCUGUAAAAGUACCCUUAUUGAAAAUACUCGCUUGGCUUGGCAUUUUAUUCCAAAGUGCAGAUUAUGUUUCUUUUAUAUUGUGUUAAUUAGCCAUCUUUGUUUUGUUUGCAUCUGAAGAAUUCUAAAGAACUUUUGCCUUGUGAGACAUUCAGGGUGAUUUAUCAUGAAGAGAAAAGAAUAACUAUUUUUUUUAACCAUUUAAGUAACAAGGAGUUCGCUUCUUUGGAUCUCUCAAUUAGACUUACAUUCACUUACGAUGAUGUUUGCGCGGACUGAUUCGAGAUUCAAAUUUGACAUCAAAACCCUGCUCGUUAUUUUAAUGAACCUUUGUCCACCAAUCAGGGGUCAGAGUAAGAAACCACAUAUCGUCUUCAUCUUGGCAGACGAUUUAGGCUUCAAUGACAUCGGUUACCACAACUCCAAAAUCAAAACAGAAGUGUUGGAUGAAUUGGCCCGUACGGGAGUGACACUGGAAAAUUACUACGUUCAACCCAUUUGCACUCCAACACGAGCUCAGCUUUUAACAGGAAGAUACGACAUUCACACUGGCCUACAACAUGGCAUCGUCUGGCCUUCGCAGGCGAACGGUCUCCCGCGCAACGAAACCACAAUCGCUACGAAACUUAAAGAGAGCGGUUACAAGACACACAUAGUUGGGAAGUGGCAUCUUGGCUUCUAUCGGAAAGAAUUUCUUCCUACACGAAGAGGAUUUGAUUCUUUUUACGGGUUCCUAACAGGUGGACAAGAUUACUACACUCACAUCAACAGACUUGGCUUUCACAAGCCCGGAUACACGCACCUUAACGGCUAUGACUUUUGGCGAGAUGAAGAGGUCGAAAAAAAUGUCAUCGGCGAAUAUACCACGUUUCUUUUUGCUGAAGAGGUAGAGAGAAUCAUCAAAAAACAUGACCCGAAAGAUCCACUAUUUCUGUUCUUAUCAUUUCAAGCACCACACAUGCCCCUGCAAGUGCCAGAUAGGUUUUUGAAAAGGUAUGCUGAGAUAAAAGAUCGCAAGCGUCGCUUAUAUGCUGCCAUGGUUUCUUGCUUGGACGAGGCAGUUGGCAAUGUCACGAGCGCGCUGAAAGGGCGCGGUUUAUAGGAAAAUACUGUGUUGAUUUUCAGCAGUGAUAACGGGGGACAAAUCUUGGGUGGAGGGAAUAACUGGCCCCUGCGUGGCUGGAAGACUUCGCUGUGGGAAGGUGGCAUACGAACAGUGGGCUUUGUGAAGAGCAAGCUAAUUAAAAACCCGCGGAGAAUUCACCGGGGGCUUAUACACGUGUCAGACUGGUUCCCAACGCUUGCUCAUUUGGCGGAGGCAUCAAUUGAAGGUCUUGCACUAGAUGGUGUUAAUCAAUGGACCAGUAUUAGUGAAGGAACGCUUUCUUCAAGAAACGAAAUCCUGCACAACAUUGAUUGUCACGAUUCAACUUUGGGCGGUCCACACGGAUGCCAUUGUCGCCAGGCCGCGCUUAGAAGGGGCGAUUGGAAAUUACUGAUCGGCUGCCCGGGAAUCGGAGACUGGGUUCCUGCGGCAGAAAUGAACAAACCGACCCAGUCCUCCACUGGUUGUCAGGGUCCAAACAGUGUUUUCCUUUUCAACGUCACUGACGACCCGGAAGAAAGAAAAGACGUUUCUGAACAUCAUCCAGAUGUGGUGCGGGAUUUAUUAGAAAGGAUUGAAGUGUAUAACGCUACUGCUGUGCCCGCUCGCUUUCCAGAUCCUGAUCCCAACUCUAUUCCAGCUAAGCAUGGGGGGAUCUGGGCACCAUGGAUGUAUUGA